GAAUUUCACGUGUAGCUUUCCAUUUGUUUAUUUUCCAUUUACCGCCAAAAUGAGUGCAACAAAUGACAAAAAAGUGGUAAUAAAUAAACGCUUAAAAGGCCUGCCUCGCGAGGCGCUGGAAAAACUAAGCCAGACGGAGCUGAUCGAUAAGGUGGUCCAACUGGAGGCCUACAACUUUCAGCUGCGAAAUCUGCUGCAGAAGAAGUUAACCGAACAGGAUAAAAACGAUGAGGAAUAUGCGGUGUUAUUUGGAAAGGAAACUGAGGACACAGCUUCCAAAGAUGCUCAGAAGUUAUCCAGCAAGGCGCAAAAGCAACGCAAAUUCGAUUGGAGCAGUGCCCACCGGCGUCAUGUUCUGCUGAAGAUCACCUACUUUGGUUGGGACUAUCAAGGAUUUGCCUGCCAGGAGGACUCCAAUGAUACCAUCGAAUCCAACUUGUUCCGGGCUCUAACCCGCACCUGCCUCAUCGAAUCUAGGGCCACCUCAAAUUAUCACCGCUGUGGACGCACCGACAAGGAGGUGAGCGCCUUCUGCCAGGUGAUCUCCAUCGAUCUGCGUAGCAAGCAUCCGCCCGAGAACCAACUGGAUCCCACUGCCCUGUCCUCCGAGAUCGACUAUUGUGGCCUGCUGAAUCGAGUGCUGCCCAAGAACAUUCAGUGUGUGGCCUGGAUGCCACUGCGCAGUCCAAUUUAUAGCGCUCGCUUCGAUUGCGUUUCGCGUAGCUAUCGUUACUACUUUCCCAAGGGCGACCUGGAUAUUUCUGCGAUGCAGGAAGCCUGUAAUCUCCUAGUGCGCCAUGCGGAUUUCAGGAAUUUCUGCAAAAUGGACGUACACAAUGGGGUCACGAACUACAUGAGGAAUUUGCAAUCAGCCAGGGUGCAAGCGUGUGACGAGAAUCAAUCCAAAACAGGCUACGACAUGUACUACCUGGAGAUUCAAGCCAAUGCCUUUCUCUGGCACCAGAUACGCUGCAUUAUGGCAGUGCUACUACUUGUUGGUCAAAGGAAGGAGAAACCCAGUGUUAUCAGCGAUCUGCUCGAUGUGGAGUCUAAUCCCUGCAAGCCUCAAUACACUCCCGCUGUUGGUUUGCCAUUGAAUCUUUUCCGCUGUGAUUUCCGGGACAAGACCACGAGGAGUAUAAAUCAUCCAUCUGACGGGAAUGCCGAUGAAGAAGCCAUGGAUACGGGCACUGAGGAAAUAGAGCCCUCAGUUGCUCCCCCUUCGGCAGAGCAAAGUGAUCUUACCAACUGGAUCUACAAUGAAGAAAACCUACAGAAGCUAAUUGAAAACACGCAAUGCGAGUGGACGCAGUUCAGCGUUAAAAGCACCAUGAUACGAAAUGUGCUUCAGCAACUGGAAAGCAUAUUAGAGGAUAACUUUAAGCCCAAAGAGAAAGUCCAGGCACAAGUCAUCCUGCUGCAGGAUUCCGUCAAGCCGCGUCAAUAUCAGCCUCUCUUGGAACGAAAACGUUGUGAGAGCUUGGAGAAUCGCAUAGAACAUUUUGUAAAAAAACAACGACUGAUUGUCAAGGACGAAACGGAAACAGCGUGA